AUGGCGUCGGCCCUUUUCUUCCUUGAUUUGAAGGGCAAGACCCUUCUAGCCCGAAACUAUCGCGGAGACAUUCCCAUGUCCGCCGUCGAGAAAUUCCCCAUCCUACUCAGUGACGCCGAAGAAGAAAGCUCCGCUGUAGCUCCGUGUUUCUCCCACGAAGGAAUCAAUUACCUCUAUAUUCGUCACAGCAACCUUUACAUCCUCGCCUUGACCAAGAAAAACACCAAUGCGACCGAAAUCCUCCUCUUCCUCCACAAGAUUGUGGAGGUCUUCACAGAAUACUUUAAGGUGCUGGAAGAGGAGAGUAUCCGGGAUAACUUCGUUAUCAUCUACGAAUUGCUCGAUGAGAUGAUGGAUUUCGGAUACCCACAAACAACGGAGAGCAAGAUCCUACAAGAGUACAUCACACAAGAAUCACACAAGCUGGAAGUGCAAGCCCGACCACCAAUCGCCGUCACAAACGCUGUCUCCUGGCGAAGCGAAGGCAUCCGCUACCGCAAGAACGAAGUCUUCCUCGAUGUUGUCGAAUCACUCAACCUCCUUGUCUCCGCUACUGGAAACGUUCUGCGGUCAGAGAUCCUGGGUGCUGUCAAGAUGAAGUGUUACCUGAGUGGAAUGCCUGAGCUUCGUCUCGGCUUGAACGACAAGGUCAUGUUUGAGACAACCGGGCGAGCAACGCGGGGGAAGGCUGUCGAGAUGGAGGACGUCAAAUUCCACCAGUGUGUCCGACUAUCUCGGUUCGAGAACGACCGCACAAUCAGCUUCAUUCCGCCGGACGGAGAGUUCGAGCUGAUGAGCUACCGCCUUAACACACAAGUCAAGCCUCUCAUCUGGGUCGAGUGCCUAGUAGAGUCGCACUCUGGUUCUCGAAUUGAGUACAUGUUGAAGGCCAAAGCCCAAUUCAAGCGCCGUAGCACAGCCAACAACGUCGAGAUCCUUGUCCCCGUUCCCGACGACGCCGACUCCCCCCGCUUCCGCACGAACAUCGGCACAGUCCACUAUGCGCCUGAAAAGUCCGCCAUCGUCUGGAAGAUCAAGCAGUUUGGCGGCGGUAAGGAGUUCCUCAUGCGCGCAGAGCUGGGUCUGCCCUCCGUCAAGGGCGACGACGAGGUGGGCGGUGGUAUGACCGGUGGCUUUGGUGGUAGCAUGGGCGGCACCCACCAGGGGAAGGCGAAAAGGCCGAUCAAUGUCAAGUUUGAGAUUCCUUAUUUCACGACUUCCGGUAUUCAGGUGCGGUAUUUGAAGAUUACGGAGCCGAAGUUACAAUACCCAUCCCUGCCCUGGGUCCGAUACAUCACGCAGUCGGGUGAUAUUGCUGUCCGAAUGCCGGAUGUACAAUGA